AUGAUUGCACACUCUGUUCUGAAGAUGGAAUCACUACAUUUGAUAUCUCUAUAUGUGGGCAUGUCUAUUGUCAUAAGUAUCAUUUAUUUAUACAUUAUUAGUUGUUUCAAAGAAGUUAUAGAAACUAUUGGAGAAUGUCCAACCUGUUCUAAAAGAUUAUGCUUGAAAGACAUUAUGAGUGUUCAGAGUAAUUCUAUAGAAGUUUAAGAAAUCAAAGAAACCAAAUGGGGACCUAGUAGUAAAAUGCUUGCUGUUGUUAAUGAAACAAAAAAGGUACAACUCAAAAGAGAAAAGUGUUUAAUCUUCACUUAAUGGAUAGAUAUGAUUAGAUUACUUGAAGAAAAGUUUCAAGAAGAAGAGAUAUGGUGUUAAGUAGUCACAGGAGCUAUGUCUGUAGAACAAAGAAAUAAGGUUAUUCAAUCAUUCGAAUAGCAUCCUGCCUUUACAGCUUUAAUAUUAUCUUUGAGAGCCACGUCUACUGGAUUAAAUUUAACUAUGGCUAAUCACGUUUUCUUGGUUGAUCCGUGGUGGAAUGUAUUUAUCUAUUUUUAUCUUUAGCCUGCCAUUGAAGAUCAAGCCAUCGGAAGAGCGGAUAGAAUUGGAUAAAAGAAAUAAGUUAAUGUAAUUAGAUUUCUGUGUGCAAAUACGAUUGAAGAAAAAAUUAAUUUGUUGCAUUAGAAGAAAAAGAAGAUGAUAAGGAAAGUCAUAGCAAAUGAUUAAAAAAAAUCAUCAGACAUUGAUGAUUUCAAGUUUUUAAUCUUUGAAUAACCAAAUAUGAUUUGA